AUGGCUACAACUUCGCACAUGUUCAUGUACUCCUUGACGAUCCAGCCUCCUACUGCUGUUACUCAAGCUAUCCUGGGUCAAUUUGCUGGCACAAAGGAACAGCAGAUCGUCACGGCCUCGGGCUCGAAGUUGACGAUUCACCGUCCCGACCCAACACAGGGCAAGGUCACUCCGCUCUUUUCCCAGGAUGUCUUUGGCAUCAUUCGCUCUCUGGCAGCUUUCAGGCUAGCUGGCAGCAACAAAGAUUAUAUUAUCAUUGGCUCGGAUUCUGGACGCAUCACCAUCAUUGAGUAUGUCGCUGCUCAGAAUAGGUUCCAUCGGAUCCACCUCGAGACUUUUGGCAAGUCGGGUGUGCGUCGAGUGGUUCCGGGACAGUAUUUGGCUGUUGACCCCAAGGGUCGCGCCUGCAUGAUGGCGUCGGUAGAGAAGAACAAGCUCGUUUAUGUUCUGAAUCGGAACUCGCAGGCCGAGCUGACGAUCUCUUCCCCGCUGGAGGCACACAAGCCACAGACUCUGGUAUUUGCCAUGUCUGCUUUGGAUGUAGGGUAUGAAAACCCCAUCUUUGCGGCAUUGGAAGUGGAUUAUUCCGAGUCGGAUCAGGAUCCGACUGGACGUGCCUUCGAAGAAAUUGAGAAGCACUUGGUCUACUAUGAGCUGGAUCUGGGCCUCAAUCACGUCGUUCGCAAGUGGUCCGAUCCUGUCGAUCGCACGGCAUCUCUGCUCUUCCAAGUCCCUGGUGGUGCUGAUGGCCCCAGCGGUGUCUUGGUCUGUGGGGAAGAUAGCGUUACCUACCGCCAUUCGAACCAAGAUGCCUUCCGGGUUCCUAUUCCGCGGCGCAAGGGUGCGACUGAAAAUCCUGAGCGCAAGCGUCAUAUCACCGCCGGCGUCAUGCAUAAGAUGAGAGGAGCGUUCUUCUUCCUUCUGCAAUCCGACGAUGGUGAUCUCUUCAAGCUCACCAUUGAUAUGGUCGAGGACGACAAUGGUCAACUCACGGGUGAAGUGAGACGGCUCAAGAUCAAGUAUUUUGACACUGUUCCUGUCGCGUCUAAUUUGUUGAUUCUCAAGAGUGGUUUCUUGUAUGUGGCAAGCGAAUCUGGUAAUCAUCAUUUUUACCAAUUCGAGAAACUGGGCGAUGACGACCAGGAGAUUGAAUUCUCGAGUGAGAAUGUCGAUGCGGAUCCUACGGUGGCCUGCGAUCCUGUCUUUUUCCAGCCCAGAGCUGCUGAGAACCUCAACCUUGUGGAUACUAUCAACUCCCUGAAUCCGUUGAUUGACAGCAAAGUUGCCAACUUGACGGAAGACGAUGCCCCCCAGAUCUACACUAUUUCUGGCACAGGCGCUCGUAGCACCUUCAGAACGCUGAAACACGGGCUGGAGGUGUCUGAGAUCGUCGAGUCCGAGCUUCCGAGCGUCCCGUCUGCCGUGUGGACCACAAAGCUGACCCGCGCCGAUGAGUUCGACGCUUACAUCAUUCUCUCGUUCGCCAAUGGCACGCUUGUACUCAGUAUAGGCGAGACGGUCGAGGAAGUGACAGACACUGGUUUCCUUUCCACUGCCCCCACGCUCGCUGUUCAGCAACUGGGAGAGGAUUCUCUAAUCCAGAUUCAUCCUCGUGGUAUCCGGCACAUCCUGGCUGAUCGACGAGUAAAUGAGUGGCCUGCUCCCCAGCAUCGGUCGAUUGUAGCAGCUACUACCAACGAACGUCAAGUUGCAGUUGCGCUGAGCUCUGGAGAAAUUGUCUACUUUGAAAUGGAUGCGGAUGGCUCCCUUGCUGAGUAUGAUGAACGUCGUCAAAUGUCUGGUACUGUUACCUGCUUGAGUCUUGGGGAGGUUCCAGAGGGUCGCGUUCGUAGCUCGUUCCUUGCUGUCGGGUGUGAUGACUCGACAGUGCGUAUUUUGAGCUUGGAUCCCGACUCUACGCUUGAGAGCAAAUCUGUUCAGGCUCUGACCGCGGCUCCCUCGGCACUGAACAUAAUGUCGAUGGCGGACUCUAGCUCUGGAGGCACCACUCUGUAUCUGCACAUCGGCCUGCACUCGGGUGUUUACCUUCGAACACUGCUGGACGAGGUUACUGGUGAGCUGUCAGAUACUCGCACACGUUUCCUAGGUUCCAAGGCCGUCAAGCUAUUCCAGGUAUCUGUCAAAGGGCAGACCGCGGUCCUUGCACUCAGCUCCCGUCCUUGGCUGGGCUACUCCGAUGUUCAAACGAAGGGCUUCAUGCUUACACCGCUGGAUUAUGUUGGGCUUGAAUGGGGCUGGAACUUCUCGAGCGAACAGUGCGUGGAAGGCAUGGUUGGUAUUCAAGGACAGAAUCUACGGAUUUUCUCUAUCGAGAAGCUCGAUAAUAAUAUGCUUCAGCAAUCAAUCCCACUUGCUUAUACCCCACGACGCUUCGUGAAGCACCCAGAUCAGCCGCUCUUUUAUGUCAUCGAGUCAGACAACAACGUCCUGGCACCAGCUACGAGAAAUCAGCUGAUCGAGGAUGCUAAAGCUCGAGGUGAAGAAGAAUCUGUCCUGCCCCCAGAGGAGUUCGGUUAUCCUCGAGGUGCAGGCCAUUGGGCCUCUUGUAUUCAGGUCGUCGAUCCCUUGGAAGCUAAAACGGUGAUCUACACCGUGGAGCUUGAAGAAAACGAGGCUGCAGUCAGCGUUGCCGCAGUUCCCUUCACCAGUCAGGACGAUGAAACGUUCUUGGUUGUUGGAACCGUUAAAGAUAUGACUGUGAACCCUCAGUCUUCAGCCGGAGGAUACAUCCACAUUUACAGGUUCCAAGAAGACGGUAAAGAGCUGGAAUUUAUUCACAAGACGAAAGUUGAUGAUCCUCCGCUUGCACUUCUUGGAUUCCAAGGCCGUCUUGUUGUUGGCCUCGGGUCUUUGCUGCGGAUCUAUGACCUUGGUAUGAAGCAACUGCUUCGCAAGUGCCAGGCGCCUGUCGUGCCCACAACCAUCGUCGGUCUGCAGACUCAGGGCAGUCGUAUUGUGGUUAGUGAUGUCCGCGAAAGUGUCACAUACGUUGUCUACAAGUACCAGGAGAAUGUUCUGAUACCUUUUGUGGACGACUCACUCUCUCGCUGGACGACCACUACUACAAUGGUCGAUUACGAAACCACUGCUGGUGGCGAUAAAUUCGGCAAUCUUUGGCUGCUGCGCUGCCCCAAGAAGACCUCUGAAGAGGCGGAUGAGGAUGGCUCGGGUGCUCAUCUGAUCCAUGAACGUGGUUAUUUGCACGGAACCCCGAACCGGCUGGAGUUGAUGAUCCAUGUCUACACUCAGGACAUCCCAACCAGCUUGCAUAAGACGCAGUUGGUAGCGGGAGGACGCGACAUUCUCGUCUGGACUGGCUUCCAGGGCACGAUUGGAAUGCUGGUUCCUUUCAUCAGUCGGGAGGACGUCGACUUCUUCCAGAACCUAGAGAUGCAGUUGGCUGCACAGCACCCUCCUCUCGCUGGUCGGGACCACCUCAUCUAUCGCAGCUACUACGCACCUGUCAAGGGCGUGAUUGACGGUGAUCUGUGUGAGAUGUAUUUCUUAUUGCCUAAUGACACGAAGAUGAUGAUUGCGGGUGAGCUUGAUCGCUCAGUGCGGGAGAUUGAGCGCAAGAUCUCGGAUAUGCGCACGCGGGUGGCUUACUGAUUUGCUGCUGCUGGAAUUUGGCGUCUGACCAGGAUAAUGUCGUGUAUGCGGGUUCUAGAUACCCAUAAUUGAUUGCAAUGCCUACCCUUGUAACUGCCUCG